CAGUGUAAACCAACAGUGGCCCAACAAACUGUAAACUAAUAUUACUGUAUUAGUAGUAGUGAGUGGUAUAUAACGUUGUUUGAAUAUAAAAGUGGCUUUUUUAUUUUGGGCUCAUCUUUAAUUUUUUAAAGAAACAUGGUUGAAGUACUGUCGUCAAGAUUUGAUGCCAUUUUUCCAAAGAUUGAAUCUUCCAUCAAUCAAGCAGCAUUCAUUGCUAUUGACACAGAAUUUACAGGAUUGAACACUGGUCCCAGUACCAAACCCUGUCUGUUUGACACUCCAGCAGAACGUUAUAAGAAGCUACAACUUUCAGUUCAACAGUAUGUAAUAUGUCAGAUAGGGCUAUCGGCUUUUGUUAAGGACCAAGAAGCAAAUAGCUAUGUUGCUCACACCUUUGUCUUCUACUUAAGACCCCAUUCAUUUGGGAUUCUGAACAAACGGUUAUGGUGGCAGGCUUCAAGUUUGGAGUUUUUGUGUCAUAAUCACUUUGACUUUAACAAGUUUGCCUAUGAUGGAAUAUCGUAUUUAAAUGAAGAAGAAGAAAUGAUUGUUAAAAGUGAGCUGACCAAUAGAUCGUUGUUGAUGGCCCUAGACAGAGAUAUAGAUGAAUCGAGCCUGCAGCAUCAUUGUUCCCAGGUGUCAGCAUGGUUAAGUACAGCAAAACAAGGUGAAAGACUUAUCCUGCAGAAAGAAAUGAAAGGAGUUAGUGGGUAUAUUUUGCUUAGCGAAAUACGACAAAAGUUUGCAUCAGUGUGGGCUUAUGUUUCGGAUGACUUGACGUUGAUUGUGGAAAAAGUUAGCAAAGAGAAAAGAAAUGAACUUGUAACUUCAGCUGGGAGUGAGGAAGAUAAAAUGUUGAAUAAAUUGCUGGGUUUUACCAGGGUUUUUCGUCUGUUAAAAGAUGCAAAGAAGCCCCUUGUUGGACACAAUCUACUCAUGGAUCUAAUGCUGAUGUAUAACCAGUUCUACAAACCUCUACCGGACAGUUACAAGCAUUUUAAACAAGAGAUUCAUCGCAUUUUUCCUAUUAUUUUUGAUACUAAGCAUAUGAAGCAGAGCAUGAGAAAGAUUUUUGAAGAGAAAGGAUUUUAUUGCACUGGAAAUCUUCUAGAAUUGUAUCAAGCAUUUACAAGCCCAAAAGGACAGUUUUUAGCUCUGUACUAUCCCCGGGUGACUCACGCUAUUGGUUUUGACAGAUAUGCCACUGAUACAGCCCCUCACGAAGCUGGUUUUGAUGCUUAUGCUGCUGGCUACGUGUUCAUGAGGAUUGCACAUAUUCUUGCCAUGAAGAAUGUAAGAAUACAGGCAGCUCACCCCCUAUCAUGGUCAGAACAUCAGGGAGCAGUUGAACCAUAUAAAAAUAAAAUCAACCUUAUCCGUGGAAGUCUACAUCACUUAGUUUUAGAUGGUGAAGACCCUGCAUUUGAGCGCCCUCAGUGGCUAUUUGUUGAAGUAAAAUCAAACAAAGCUCUGGAUCCAAUGGAGUUGGCACAGAUGAUGUCACAACAUGGGAGUGUAGACAUUCAGCGUGUUUCCAGGAGUGGAGCUCUCAUAGCAGCAGGUAAUUUCACGUGUGCACGUUCCAUCAUGACAGCUUUCAAGAAUCAUGCCGAGUAUAGAGUAGUUAAAUACAAUGUCUUUCACCAUUCUCGUGAAAUCAAAGUACUUUUAUGGAGUGCUUUCUUUAUCUCGGGAGGAGUCACUUUUUACCUGCUUUUCAAAGUAUGUCGUCAUUCCUGAAGCUACUAUUGCUCUAGUCCCGUGACCCAGAACAGCAACGUCCUCUGAAGAUGUGAAGGGUAUCGUAUUCUUAAGCGUAUACGACACAUACAGGCUUUAUUGUUUUAAGGGGAAAAAAAAGGAUUUAGAUUAAAUUGUAUCCAUAUUUUUUACUAUGCUGUUGAGAAUUAGAAGCAUUUUUAUUUUUAAGGUGAUCCUUUACUGUUUCAUUUGCUUUUUCGUAUUCAUUGAAAUGUUUGCGGCACUAAUUGGUUCAGUUUGUGUAUUUGACUUGACACGUUUUUGUUAUUUUUGUAUAAGUAAACAUCUAAAGGUCUUUUCAUCAAUCACAAAUGUAUUUCAAAGUGUAAUAAGGUGAAAUUUCGCGACUGUUUACAUAUUUUUAGAGUAUCAGAAGUCUAUUUCAAAGUAUUUCUUGUUUAGGAUAAGAAUAAGCUACGUGAUAUAGAAUAAGAAUGAAAUGUUUUUUGUACAGAAGGAUCACUUGUAUAUGUUACGCGGGAUAGCACAUGCUAGAGGUAGAUCAAAAUUAGUCAUUUUUUCCAUAAAAAGAUAAGUUGUAUUUCUUAUGGGGUUUAGUGUAAAGUGAGCUUUAAAAAGAUUUUGAUAAUAAGUGUACACUCCUAAAAUAAUAUUCCUAUAUGUAAAUGUACUUCAAUAACGAUUAAAUAACCUGAAAGAAGUGACGGCUAAUUUUUUGUGUAACCUUAAAGUUCGGUUUGUGUGUGUUGAUGUAGAUGUGAUUGUUUUAUAUAAAUGGAUUGAUUUCAGUUA